AGUAUCAUCAGUUUUAUGAAUUUCUUAUCGUGUUUCGGUAGUUAUUGAGAAAUUAUUCUUGGACAAACUUACAAUACUUCCAGAUGUGUUUAUUACCUAUAACAGUUUUUGCAUUAUCAGUUUAUGCUUGUCUUAAUUAUUCAGCGUUUAAGCCAAAAAUUGAAGAUUUAAAAGUUACAGAAGAAACGGUUACUGACAACUCAGGUGCAGAUGAAACAGAAAGGGAAGCGACCAAUCCGCCAAAAGAUAAAGAGGAUAAAGACGCAGAAGAACAAAAAGAUAGGAAUGACGAUAAAUAUAAAGAUGGCCAGACUAAUAAUAAUAAUAAAAAGAAAUGUAUUAAUCUUAAGACAUACAAUCUUAUACAAAAAAUCUGUCAGUCAAUCUCUACAGAAGGGGAAAUGACUGAGGAGAAAGAUACAGAAGAAGAAGGUAAGGUUCAAGAUAAAGAUGAUAAAACUAAUAAUGUGAAAGUUACAGAGAGAACGGAUACUGUCAACUCAGGUGCAGAUGAAAAAGUAGGGAAAGUGACUGAGCCGUCAAAAGGUAAAGAGGAGAAAGAUACGGAAGAAAAAAAAGAUUAUACUAAGGUUAAAGAUAAAGAUGGUCAGACUAAUAAUGUUAAAGAUACAGAGGAAAAUAGUACCGUCAACAUAGAUGCAGAUGAAAAAGUGUGGAAAGUGACUGAGCCGUCAAAAGGUAAAGAGGAGAAAGAUACGGAAGAAAAAGAAGAUAAAGUUAAAGAUAAAGAUGGCCAGACUAAUAAUGUUAAAGAUAUAGAGAAGAUGGGUACUGUUAAUAUCAGUGGAGGAGGUCCUGAUGAGACUAAUCAGCAUGUAUCUGGGAACGAAAUAAGUAAUGGAUCUUCUGAUCUUGGUAGCACAAUUCCUGGGCAACCAGAUAUCAAUCUGGAAACUACUACUGGAAAUGAUAAUAGCAUUAUUCGCCUGAAACCGAAGCCACAGAACUUAGACAACGACGACGAAUACGAUGAAUAAUAAAUCCAUCAAACUCAUUCAACUUUUGUUUGGUUUUGUUAUGCAAGUUAUUUUUUUAUUGGUUAUCUACAAAAUAAGCAAUUAAUCAUAAUAGAUUAAAAUGGUACACCCUGUAUAUAUAUUUAUAUUUCGUUACAAAAAAAGGCGUCUUGCGAAGCCUUGACAAUAUGGCGCCAUCUUCAUCAAAUCCAACACUGCUUAGAUUUAAUACCAAGAUUGAUUUUG